UGCAAGCUCCAGCCGCGUCGCAGCUCCGUGCCGCAGAGAGGCCGGCAGCAGGCGCCACCGCGAGGGACCUGGCCCGGCGCCGCCCGCAGCUCUUGCGCGCAGCUGGGGUCAUGAUAUACUGGAAACCACACAAGGUUAGUCUGGGGAGGCAGAAACCAUAAAGCCCCUGAAACCAGGUUCGGAGAGGAAAGAUAAAGGAAAGACUCCCUUUCGGCUUCAUCCUCCACCUGUCUUAGAAACAACAGCACAUUUUAACCACAGAUUUGUUCUGUGAUGAGGACAGAUUCAUCAGAGAUGACUGAUGUGGAAUCUGUGAUCACCAGCUUCGCGUCCUCAGCAAGGGCAGGCCGCCGCAAUGCCUUACCGGACAUCCAGAGUUCACUGGCUACAAGUGGAUCCUCUGAUCUUCCACUGAAACUGGAAGCGUUGGCCGUGAAGGAAGAUGCAAAAGCGAAGAAUGAAGAGAAAGACCAAGGCCAACCGAAAACUCCCCUAAAUGAAGAAAAAUGAAGGCUUAGAAUUCAUUAAGGGUGUUGAUUUUAUGCGCAUUGAGAGACAUAGCAGCUAUGUGUUCCUGGGGUGUUUGAUCUGGUAGUAACCAUGGUAUCCCAUGAUAGCAUGUGUGUGUGUGUGUGUGUGUGUGUGUGUGUGUGUGUGCGCGCGCGCGCACGCGCGCACAUGCGUGUGUGUGCAUGUGUGUAUGUUUUAGGUAAUUUUGUUGUGAUGCUCUGUCCUGAAACUGCAGCCAUGAUACUGAAAUAGGUUAUUAAAAGGUGUUACUUUCAAAUUGCACCCAAGGAAGGACACACUGUUUAUACCCCAACAAAAUCCACUGUCUAUCUUGGGAUUUACUUAGUCAGAUAUAUGCUUAAUUCUGUCUUAGUGAGUUGGAACAUUUUUCUUGGUAUGUAUAGACUGAAACCUAUUAAUUUAAUACUUUUUAGAAUUUGUAGGAAAUUAUAUUUUUUUGGUGAGAUGGAAUUAAUAGUAAAAAUCACACUUAUAAAAUGUGUUUAUUUUUAAUUAAAAUUGCACCAUAUUUCCUGUAAAAUAUUAGGAGAGAUCUGAAAGCAGCGUAAACAUUGUAACAACUUAAACAUCUCUAGGAUGUUUUUGUCUAAUGUAUUUUCCAUCUAGUCUGAAUGUACUAUAAUUUUUCAUAUGGACCCACAUAACACAAAAUUUGUGACAAACAUGUGUAUUGAAUAAAUCUCACUAUAUUCCUUAACUUGGUGUAUGUGUGCACCUUGUUUAAUGUGGAUUGUACCAUAUAUUGUGCUCCUUUUCUUAUACUGCUUUUUAUUCUCUGGACUUUUGUGUGUAUAUGCAAAUUGUUGCUAGAAUAAUUUCAUCAGGAUGCUGAUCUUAAUUUUUAUAUUUUUCCUAAAGUAUAAUACUAUAAGUUAAAAGAGCAAAAUACAUGCUUUGAAUAUAUCUUUAAAUAUAGGUUUUUUUCCUUUCCUUUUUUUUAAAUUGAAAAUAGAUUUUCAUCUCAUACAUUACAUCCCAACCACAGUUUUCUCUCCUUCCAUUCCCCCUAGUUAUUCCCCACAGAUCCUUUCCCCUAGAUCUUUAAUUUUCCCUUCAUCAAAGAGCAGGCCUCCAAGAGGCAACAGGAAACACACACACAUACACACACACACACACACACACACACACACACACACACACACAAAAGAUUACAUUAAGACAAGGCCAAAGCCCUCACUCAGAUCCAAUCUGCGUAGGGCAACCCAGUAGGAAGAAAGAGUCCCAAGAGGAGGCAAAAGAGUCAGAGAGUCACCCACUCCCAUUGUUAGGAGUUUCACAAAAACACGAAUCUAAGAGCCACAACAUGUAUGCAGAAGAGCUGCUGCAGACCCCUGCAGGCCCUGUGCUUGCCCCUUCAGUGAGCCCCUGUGAGCCCUGCUUAGCUGACU